AUGGACAGCGGGGAUCGGAAUGGGCCAAAAACGGGGUGCAGAGGCCAAAAAUGGGGGCGCGGAGGCGGCAAUAGGAGGAGCAACAUUAGGAAGGAGUAUGAGAAGCUGGAGAAGGAACAGGGCCUGAAGGAGGAACUGGAGAGGAUGUGGAAAGUCAAGGCCAAAGUGGUAGAAACACUUGGGGCUAUGAUUCCUAAGCUGGGAAAAUGGUUCCAACAGAUCCCAGGAACAACAUCAGAGCUCUCUGUCAAGAAGAGAUCAGGAUUACGAACAGACCAAAAAUUGGUCCUCAACACCAAUAAGACCAAGGAACUUAUAGUGGAUUAUAAAAGGAACAGAUUAGACAUCCAACCCUUGCUUAUCAAUGGAGACCAAGUGGAGAAAGUGGCCAGUUUUAAGUUUCUGGGUCCUACCCUAAAAGAGGACCUGACCUGGGGCCCUCACAUUGCAGCACUGGCCAAAAGGGCCCAGCAGAGAUUAUACUGCCCGAGACUUCUCAGAAAACAACAACUGAAUGAAAAACUGCUAGUGACCUUCUACCGCUGCACCAUAGAGAGUACUUUAACUUACUGCACCUCUGUAUGGUUUGCCAAUUGCACAGUGGCAGAUAGGACAGCACUCCAGAGGGUUAAUGUUAUUGCCCAGAAGAUCAUUGGUUGUCCUCUCCCCUCUUUGGAAGAGCUUUAUAGCUCCCGCUGCCUUAAGAAAGUUCAAAACAUUCUCAAAGAUCCAUCUCAUCCUGGGAACCCUUUUUUUAAGUAUUACCAUCUGACAGACGGCACAGGAUAAUAAAAACAAGGACAAAUAGGCUGAAGAACA